AUGCUAGUUGGAUUAAAUGGUAAAGCGACAAAAAUGAUAUUUUUGGUUGAUUUUGGAAUGUGUCGAACAUAUAUUCGAAAAAAUAUGAACGGAUCAAUAGCAAUUCGGCCAGAACGAGAAAAAGCAUUUGUUCGUGGCAUUUUAAGAUAUUGCUCAUUACGUGUUCACAAACGGCAAGACGUCUGUCGAGCAGAUGAUCUUUGGUCACUUGUUUAUAUUCUUAUCGACUUAACUGUUGGGCUUCCGUGGCGUGAUAUUAAAGUAGAAAAGCCAGUAGCAGAGCAGAAGGAAACAAUUAGCGAUGCAAAAUUAUUUAAUGGUUGUCCGGAAGAAUGGAUUAAAAUAAUGGAACAUAUUCGAUCGUUACGUUACAAUUCACGUCCGAAUUAUAAGUUAAUAUAUGAUUACUUACAAGAAACAUUGGUCCGAUUUCAGAUUUCCUAUUCAGAUCCAUGGGAUUGGGAUCUUGUGGUUCUACCGGAAGUACAACAUACAACUGAAACUCGAUCAGAGCUAAAGAAUCCAUUUCAACAAAUUAUUAACGCAUUACAGAGUUCUUUUUCCUUGAAUUCAGCGCUAUCAACUAAACAGCAAUCUGCGACUCAGCCGCUUAGCAAGCAAAGACGUUUGUUAGCCAUGGAAUAUGAUCCAUCAUUUCCGACAACAAAUCCAGCAAAUUUUGAAAAAAACGAUAUCGGAAUUUGA